GAUUCGGAACGGUACAUCGCCUUUUCUUUUGGAGUACUUUUUCUUCUAAAAUGACGAAAGGUACAUCCAGCUUUGGUAAGCGACGUAAUAAGACGCACACAUUGUGCAGGAGAUGUGGACGUAGUUCCUAUCACAUCCAGAAGUCACAAUGUGCACAAUGUGGCUAUCCUGCUAAGAAAAUGCGUUCAUAUAACUGGUCGAUCAAGGCGAAGAGGAGGAAGACCACUGGUACUGGCCGUAUGCGUCAUCUUAAGAUCGUACGCCGUAAAUUCAAGAAUGGAUUCAGGGAAGGCUUACCAAAACCCAAAGCUGUUGCAGCUAAAUAAUACAUUGACUCCCCUUUGUCUUAUUGUCUAAUUAAGUUGUAAUUUUGACUAUCAAUAAAAAAUCCAGUCACAAAAU